GAGCCAGAUAAUAUGCAAGAUUUAAAGCAUUACGUUCAUUUUCUAGCCAAAUCUACAAGAGGUAGAUUAGAUAAAGAACACCAUUUGCCAUCUCCUAACACUCUAAGAAUUAAACUGCGACAGUUUUACAACGGUUAUGAACGUAUGAAUAAUAUGGAGAUUCCUAAUGCCAUUAAACGUUCUAUGGCGCCUUUUAUCAAAGGCGAGUUACAGGAGUUAUAUGGACUUCCUAAGGGUAAGGAUGGCGUUAGGGAACAAAAAUUCUUUACCAUCGAGAGCUAUGUCCAAAUGCAAAGCUUUCACUGGAGUGAAGACUUCCAUGACUACGUUCACGAAGGAAUGAGGGCCGAUUACACGAAUUUGUUAAACCUUCAUUGUUUCACAUCUGCAAGGCUACAGGAAGUAUGCCAAGCGGUUCACGAGGAUCUUCAGCUUAUUUUGGCAUGGAAGGAUGGGAAGCCGGAAUACCGUCUUAAAUUCGAAAGAAAUUUUUGCAAACGCAUAGAUGUAAACCAGUGA